UCUAAAAUGAGAAAUUUCGGUGACCAACUAGAGUAUUCUCUUCCUUUCUAGGCACCAUAAAGGUAGUUUUACAUUCAGUUCACUACUAGUGAACUGCGUCCACUGUCCAGUGCCAUGCUGGCACAGCUCUAUCCACAGAGAAAAAUGAUUUGUGUGGCCAUGGCGAUUGCCGAUUCCUCCUUUCCCAUUCCUCCCUUCCCCUUCUCCUUCUCCCCUUCACCACCUCUUCCCAUUCUGUCCAUUUUCCAGUCCCCCCCAUGGCCGCCGCCGCCGCUUCUCCCCGUCUCACCGCCCUCUUCGCCGCCCAAAACCACUCCCUCGUCCCUCGACGCGCCGCCGCGACUCUCAAUCUCCGGCGAAAUAGCCACCACCGGAGACUAACCCCCUCUCUCCACUUCUCUACUCCGACGUCCGGCCGAGACAUCUCCUGCAAGGCGACCGAGGUCUCCCUAAGCGAGGAUUCCCCAUCUCCGUCAUCCGGCGGUGGGGUUAAUUGGGUUCCGGUGGUGCCGCUGGCGGCGCUGCCGAAGGGGGAGAGACGGGUGAUUAUUCAGGAAGGGGAGACGAUUCUCUUGCUUUGGUAUAAGGAUCAAGUGUUUGCCAUUGAGAAUCGGUCUCCGGCUGAGGGAGCAUACAGCGAAGGGCUUAUCAACGCAAAGCUCACACAGGAUGGUUGUAUAGUGUGCCCAACAACGGAGAGCACAUUCGAUCUUCGUACAGGAGAGAUCAAAGAGUGGUAUCCAAACAACCCUGUGCUGAGAGUCCUCACACCUGCUCUCAGAUCACUCUAUGUAUACCCUCUGAAGACGGACGAACAGAACAUCUACAUCGGGAUGAGUGGAGGUGCACCGUCAGAUGUAUCUGCUGAGAUCGUGUUCAGUGGGACAGCUCAACCCGGUUUCACAUCAAGUGAUGUCAAUGUCGAGGAGGUGAGGAUGGUGGUUGACGAUGAGGUGGGAGGGUUUGGUUUCACGAGCAGGAACGAGUCGAUAAACGGGAAAGCAGCUGUGAUUGGGUUCUUGCUGCUGUUGGAUUUCGAGCUCUUGACGGGUGAAGGGCUUCUCAAAGGUACAGGGUUCUUGGACUUCAUAUACUCUGUUUCCAACGCUCUCAACUAGAAGAGAGCCAUCCCCCUUUGUUUGGUUGGAGUUUUCUAGUUGUGGAGACGACGCCCCGGGACUAAGUACUCUGAGAUUCAUUCAAAGGAAUUCGUUGGCUCUGAAUGCAGACUUGCAGACUUUGCCAAUGUUUCUGAUUUUUGUUUGACCAUCUAUAAUAUUGUUGUAUAGUCUCUGAUUAGCAAGUAUAGUACACCAUCACUGUCUGGCCUUUUUCAUCUCUCUGUUGUUUGGACAAAAGAACAGAUGACUACUGCUUGCCAAGCACAUGACCUAUCCAAAGUUGCCAGUCGCUUCUUCCGUCAAUCAGGCGGGUUCGAGUUGGGUUCAAUUCGGUUACGAAUUAGUCGUGUUUGGGUCAUUGGGUUGUGGGUUAGUCGUUGACAAUAAUUUUUAGGGAUUAUG